AUGGUUCUUCAAAACGAUAUCGAUCUGUUGAAUCCACCUGCUGAACUCGAGAAGAGGAAGCAUAAACUUAAACGACUUGUUCAAUCUCCUAAUUCAUUCUUCAUGGAUGUCAAAUGUCAAGGUUGCUUCAAUAUAACAACUGUAUUCAGUCACUCCCAAACUGUUGUUGUAUGUGGUAAUUGUCAGACAGUGUUGUGCCAACCAACCGGUGGCAAAGCAAGACUAACAGAGGGAUGCUCAUUCAGAAAGAAGGGAGAUUAG